AUGUGGGGCCGGCGGCGGGGCGGGCGCGGCGGGCGCAGCGCGGAGGAGCUGCGGGUGCGGCGGCGGGAGCGAGAGGCAGCUCUCAGGAAGGCCCGGCGGCAGGAGCAGCUGGUCAGCAAGCGGCUCCUGCGGGAGGACAGCGCGGCCCAGGAUGGAGCAGAUGUCGUGCCAGACCCACUCUCAGAGGAUGAGGUUCUGGAGCUGCUCAGGGGGGUGCAGAGGGGCUCGGAGGACAGGAAGCGAUCGCUCGGCCGCCUCCGCUGGGCUCUGCAGAACGAGGAGACUCAGCAGAAGUUUGUCAGGCUGGACGGCAGCAUGCGGACGCUGACCGGGCUCUUCACCAGCAGCCUGGGGGAGCUGCAGCUGGAGGCCGCCCGCUGCCUGCACGAGCUCUCCCACUCCAGCGUCCCCGCCGUGGCCGAGGCGUGUCUGCCUGUCACCUCCUACCUGCUCACCUACCUGUCAGGGCACAGCCUGGAGCUCACGGAGCUGUGUUUGUACACACUGGGGAACCUCGUAGUAGAAAGUGAGGCUGUGAGGAAGCAACUGCUGCCUCAGGGCAUUAUUCCAGUGCUGGCAUCCUGCAUCCAGUCCCCUCACGAGGCAGUGCUGGAAGGUGUGGGCUAUGUCCUCUCACAGCUCCUCCAAGCCAAGGAAGCGCCCACAGAGAUCAUCCCGCUGGUCCUGGACUCGGCUCUCCCCCAGCACAUGCUCCAGCUGGUCUGCUCUGGCCUCAAGGCUGGCAUGGGAGCGGCUGUGGAGUUUGCCUGGUGUCUCCACUACAUCAUUUGUAGGCAGGAAGACAACGUGCUGCUGCUGGGGCUGGGGGCCGUGCCCGCGCUCACCUCGCUCCUGCUCGACCUGGCCUCCCAAAUCCCCCAGGAUGCUCCCGAGGGCCUGGAGCUGCUCGUGUGCCCCGUGCUGCGGUGUCUCAGUAACCUGCUGGCACAGCCAGCCUGCCAGGGCCAGGACGGGCGCCUGCUCGUCGCCCUCUUCCUCAUCCUGCAGUGCUUCCUGCAGCAGCACCCCUUCCUCGUCCAGGAGUGCCUGUGGCUGCUCAACAACCUCACAGCGGAUGAUCCCUUCUUUUGCUCCGCUCUGCUGUGCCUGGACCUGCUGCCGGCCCUGCUGCAGCUCCUGACGUGUUCCCAGAUGGCCACUGUGCUGGUCCUGACCGUGCUGUGCAACGUGGCAGAGAAGGGACAGUUGCAGUGCCAGCGGCUGCUCCAGCAGCCCCUCCUGGCCCAGCUCCUGCCCCUGCUCACACUGCCCGACCCCGAGGCCGUGGGGCAGUGCCUGGAGCUGCUGCACCUCCUCUUCCUGCACUGCCCCGAGGCUGCUGCUGACUUCACCAGGCAGGGUGGGCACCAGGCCCUGGAGCAGCACCAGAGCACCCCAGAGCUGCAGGAGCGGGCACAGGCACUGCUGGACGUGGUCAGGCAGCCCCCAGGAGCCCCCAGUGCCUGCCAGGUCACACUGGCUGCCUCCUCCUAGGCCUUGCCCCCUCCCUUCCCUCCCCUGAACUGCCAGGGGAGGAACAGACUGUUCACCCUGUGCCCGGCUUCCCAAGAGCUGCUCAGUGCCCAGUGCCCAGUGCUGGCUGCAUGGGGGCUGGUCCUUGCCACCACCUGGUGCCCCCAGAGCCUGGAGCAGGGGCAGGGCUGAGCUGCAGCCUGGGCAGACUCCCCCGUGCCAGGGAGGGGUGAACGGCUGCAUCAGCCAUUCCUUGGGCUCUCAGCCACCACCAAGCUCAAGGUAAGCACAAUGUGUUUAUGAAUUGAUAAAUUAAAGAUACAUCUUUGACAUUAAAGGUAGUCAGUCGAGUCUGCA